AUGAGCGAUGAUGAGGAGAAUCCUAAUUCUAUUCUUGUCGUUGGGAAAGCAGGGAUUGGGAAAUCUCUGUUUUGCCAAAAGAUUGUUCGCGAUUGGGCGAAGAAUGAAUUAUUUAAGGAACGAGAAAACACUAAAGUUCUCAGUUUGAAUUGUGUGUAUUUGCUUUCUUUCCGUCAAUUGAAUUUGUUUCAAAAUAACUAUGUGACUUUAAGAGAAAUCUUAACCUUUUCGUCGCUACUGGAUGACAACUCUAACACUGAUGACUUUACGUUUGAGUACAUUGUAAAGCAUCCCAAGGAGGUUAUGAUCAUCUUGGACGGCUAUGAUGAGUAUUCACAGCAAGACUACAUCGCUGGAAACUUAGAAGAGCAUCCCAACGACGCUAGACGUAAAAUGCCGGUGGCCGCAUUAUGUUCAAAACUCAUCGAAGGGAAAAUCCUAAAAGGGGCUUACGUCUCGAUUACCUCGCGGCCUGAUAAAUCGGACAAGUUGGGAGGAAUCCGUUUUAAACGGUACGUGGAAAUUGCGGGAUUUUCGCCAGAACAGGUCAAAGAGUACAUUGAAAAGUACCUCAAUAAAAACGAAGAGAUAAAGAACGCUGUGCUUGAACACGUCAUGAACAAUGCCAACCUUGUCAGUUUUGCUCAUAUUCCUAUGCCCUGUUAUCUGUUGUGCUUUGAGAUGGAGUAUACCCUAAGCGAAUCAGGAAAUCCUCAUGACCUUCCUGUCUCAACAACCGACCUUUACACUACUGUAUAUUUUUGUCAUAUUCUGCACAGGUUAUCCACCAGUUCAUCAUAG